AUGGAGGAUCAGGAUGUGCUAACGGGCACGACCCAAACAAUGACUAUAAUGGACAUAGUCGAGCGUGUGCCUCCUAGUAUCAUGCAGCUUCUUGUUGCGCUGGGGCCACUUAUCAACGUAUUUCACCGAUUUCUUGUGAUCGCAACUUGGCGGGGUGGGUAUACCACGCGGAUGCAGUCGUGGCUCUUGCUGCUCUGCUGCAUUCUUGUAUGCUUGUACGGCUACGAGACACUGCGGUAUGCACCACAAGCGGUAAUUCUGGUGUGCAUUGGCUAUAGCUACUUGUCUGCGUCGUACGCGCGCGUCGCCGGGAAUGGCAAACUUGACGGCCAAGGCGCCACGACGCAGUCUGUGAAAAAGACAAUUGCGCAGCUGGGCGACAUUUCCGACUUUGUCGUCGCGCUGCGCGAAACUGUUUUUGACCCUCUCUUUACCUUGCUGCAAACACGUAGCAGUGGCAUGGGAGUGCGGCACUUGGUGAUUUUUUUGCUAGUGACAUGGCCACUUUGGCUCCUUUGCGUCAUCCCUGCGAACCUCUGGUUUACCAACUUUGUUACGCUGCGCACUUCGGCUGGCGCGGUGCUUAAGAGCGAGCAAGCGCAAGCUGUGCGUGCGUAUAUGUACACCACUGUGCUCCCAAGUGCAAACGAAUUUGCAUAUGCGCAUGCGCCAAAACUGCACGCCAAAAGUGUGCAGUAUGCACCGCAUAUGUGCAAGUACAUUGUUCAACCUGCCCUUUGGGCUGCGCAUCAUUUGGUGCAUGCAAUGCACUACAUCCCACUUUCAUUGCAGACCUUCCCGCCGUUCCCGAUUGCUUCCUUCUCUGUGCGGCACAUUUUCCUCGUCCUUGUCUGUAUCCUCUUGACAUGGUGCUCUCCAUGGGCGACAAUGCUGCGCCUGGUUUUGUGGCGCAGUGCGUUGGUUCGUCAUCUCCUGAUUGGUUUUGUGAAUGUAUGCAGCGGCACGGAAAACAUUGCCGAAGCAUGGCGCAACGCAAUGCCGAAGCGCUAUGCACCGCCAAAGCUUGUGCAAUCCAAGAACAUGCAGUCCUAUGAAACUGUGUUUGAGUUUGCCGUCUACGAAAACCAGCGGUGGUGGAUUGGACUCGACUGGACCGCUGCGCUGCUUCCCCAAGAGCGACCUAGCUGGGCAGAUGUCGACAGCAAUGCCGUCGCGCCACCGGCCUCGUUUAGCUUGCCCGGAGCUGUACGCACGUUCGUGGCCUCUUCCAUUGUUCCUGGCAAGGAGGACUGCCGUACCGCAGUCUGGCGCUGGGUCGAGCCCGAAUGGCACGUCCUCGGCGCUCAGUCAAUCACUUCUAGCGUUCACACACCAUCACUUGCAGCUUCAUCGGCCCCAGAAAUGCACACGGACGCCAUGGGGCAUGUUCUAGAUGCAGCCGACCGCGCCAACGCGGCCGCCGCCGCCGAAGCUGCCCAGUCGUCGCUCACCAAAACUGAGCAAAAUGCGAUGCAGUCCAGCGAAGCGGAGCUCCCGGAAGCGUUGAAGACUGUGGUGCGUGCAGCAGCCUCGGCGCGCGAUCCUUUGGAUGUGGAUGCGCAAGGAUGGCAGUACGGCGACAAUGCAUGGGAGAAGAUGAGCUCCCAUAGCGGCGUCGGUCGCUACACGCGGCGCCGCUGCUGGAUUCGGCGCGCAGUGCUCGUUGAAACAGUCGAGCGCGGCGUGCGCAAAUCGCAAUAG